UCUUUACAUAAGGUCAACACGUGAGGGAAAUAAAACCAAUUGUUCAAAUGAAUCAAUAUCACAACUGGUUACAACUCACGUUCAUUUUGAUAUUUAACAAUUAAGUUAUUGUUUGACUAAUUAACCAUUACGUUAUUGUUUGAUGUGUAUUCUCUCAUUCUUGGUUAGAUUAGUGGAAUACCAUUGUGAAUAUUUAUAACAGCUGAUAACCAACACGAACUGAUUUCCCAUAGCUACAAAGAAAUAUCUGAAUCUCUUUCAAUGGAUCCAAAUUUACGAAAUCUUAAGGAUUUUCUGACACUAUAUAAUAAAGUCACGGAAUUGUGCUUUUCGAGAUGCGUAGAAACCCUCUAUGAGCGUGAUUUAACCAAUGCCGAAAACACCUGUAUAGAUAGAUGUGUAACAAAGUUUGCACGUUUCAAUCAAAAAAUGAUGAAUGUUUACGUUGAAGUACAAACAGACAUAAACCAGAAACGUAUUCAAGAGCUUGAAACGAAUCAAAAACAAGUGGACCAAGCUGCGACGUCAUCGUCGAAGGUGACUGCGGCAGAAUUAAACUCAUUACCUACACCAACAUCUGGAGCACCUGCAUACUCUUAAAAUAAAUUUCGCUUCCUCCAUGUCGACACGUGUUUGCCUUGUAGCGUUGAUUGGUUUACCAGCUGCUGGUAAAAGUACAUUUAGUAGAUGGAUCCUAUCGUUACCGCAACCCCACUUCAACGUCAUUCAUCUUUGUUAUGACGAUCAUCUGCCAGCACAAGAUAAUUCACUUAAUGCAGAAUUUGAAUUCCAAAUGCAACGUAAUAAAAUCUUAGCAACUAUAAACUCGAUUGUAUGUGAAUUAAAUGAUCACGCUUGUGUAGCAAAAGAUACCGUUAAAUCUGUAAAGUUAUCUGAAAAUGUGAAUUGCAACGACUUCUUGAUCC